CUGAACUUGACCCUCAUCACUGUCAGCUUCACUGUUCACGCCGACAUCUUAUGGCCUCCCGUUCUGCUAGUCCAACCGAAAAACCAGCCGAAAGCCCUUCCAUAGAACCGCACAACCAUGAUCCAAAGGAUAUCGGUGAAAAGAAAAAGAGGGUCAAAAAAGCGCCUCAAGCAGUCGUGCGCGAAGCGGGAAAAUCAUUGUUGCCGGUAUCAAGGGUACAGAAAAUAAUUAAAGCAGACAAAGACAUACCUAUCAUCGCCAAGGAAGCCACGUUCCUAAUAUCUCUCGCCACUGAAGAGUUUAUCAAACGAUUAAGCGAAGCUGCACACAAAUCUGCCGAGCGUAACAGCAGACAGACGAUGCAGCAUAAGGAUCUUGCCACAAUUGUCCGAAAAGCUGACGAGUUUUUAUUCUUGGAAGAUAUCAUACCAUGGACUAUAACGGACGGUCCAGUCGUGAAACGAAAACCGAAGCAGCCGGGCGCUGAUUCUGGCGGUGACGCAGGUUUCACGCUGCUGGAUCAGUUUGUGACCAAGAAAGUGACUCCGGUCAUUGAGGACGAGCCCGAAGAAGAUAUAAUGAUGAAUGAUGAUGGUACUAUGAUGGUUGGUUAGGAAAUAUGUAACUUAUUAUACUUCUGGUUGUUGUACUUGUACAUAUAUUAUCAGGCAAUCCUGGACGCAUUCUACUCAGAUCAUCGUUGCUCACUCGGUGUUCCAUCUACUACUAUCACUUCGUUAUUACGAGACUUUCCAGCAUUUGUAGACCGCAGACGGUUUACCUGGAACUGGAAUUGGGUGAAUAAUCUCAUCUCAUUUAAAAGCC